AAAAUAAUUAAAAAAAAAAGCGAUUUGUUUAGUAAAGUUUAUUUUAAAAAAAUAAUGAAUCUUGUAACGUGUGAGGGCUCUUGUCUUGUAAAUUUCUAGGGCAUUCUCUUGCAGAUUUCUUCUCCUUCCGGCCUUAAGCGAUGGAAUUACCCCCAAAAGUGAAAAACAUAUUGCUUUUGGAUUCUGAAGGAAAGCGUGUUGCGGUUAAGUACUACUCAGAUGACUGGCCAACAAAUACAGCAAAGGAAGCCUUCGAAAAAGCUGUGUUCACAAAGACUCAGAAAACAAGUGCCCGGACUGAAGUAGAAGUAACGGAACUAGAAAACAACAUUAUUGUGUACAAGUUUGCGCAAGAUCUCCAUUUCUUUGUUACUGGCGGUCAAGAGGAAAAUGAGCUUAUCUUAGCUAGUGUGCUUCAGGGACUCUUCGAUGCAGUGACCCUUCUCCUUAGAGGCAAUGUUGAUAAGAGAGAGGCACUGGACAACCUAGAUCUCAUCUUUCUAUGCUUUGAUGAAAUUAUCGACGGCGGUAUUGUUCUAGAGACAGACGCAACUGUGAUCGCAGGAAAAGUAGGGAUUGGAAGCACUGACCCUAACGCACCUCUAUCCGAGCAGACGAUAAGUCAGGCACUCGCGACAGCAAGAGAGCAUUUUACAAGGUCACUUCUGAAAUGAUAUGGGUGUUGCUGUUCGAUCUGUUAUAUCAUAUCGGUUCAUAUAGAUUGUUGUCGUCGUCGUCAUCGUCUCAAUAUAUAAUGAAACAGAUGUGCGUUUUGUCUCUUGUGGUUGCGUGAUUUGGAAAAUAGAAGUUACAAUUUGGACUUUGGACUUUUAUAAGAUAGUUACAGCUCUAAAGGCCUGAUGGCCAAACCAUUCUCUGGUGGUUUCUUCACUCUUUUUCACAAAGAGUUUGACUAAAUGUAUCUUUCGUUCUAUA